AAUUUCAAUCAUAAUAUAAGACAUAAAAAUGAAAAUGCACGUUCAAGUAAAUGACGCAUGAAAAACAUGGAAACUUCCUAGUUCACAUCCCAAAACCACAGAUAAAACUAACCAACCCUUAGAUCUUCCCAGAAACUAAAUAAACACGCACCUUUUCUCUCUCACUUAAACUAGACAGUUCGUGUUUUCUAAGGUUCUUCCGACCACCUUAAAAUGAUGGCGAAACACGACAGCUGCUGUUCGUGUUGCUCAGGCUUUAUAAUAACCAUGGGCCUAACUGCUCUCUUCAUAUGGCUCAGCAUUCGAGUCGACGAGCCCAAAUGUUACAUCGACUAUAUUUACGUUCCUGCCCUUAACAAAACACUCAAUUCCACUUCAAACUCCACUAUCCUCUUCACUCUAAAACUCGUUAACCCCAACAAAGACAAAGGCAUCCAAUACGACGCCGUUCAGCUCCGUUUCGGUCUUUUCUUAGAUCUCAACACUACUCGCUUACUCGGUAACACCACCGUCGACAGAUUCUAUCAGGGACAUGAGAAAAAGGCUAGGAAGCCCGGCUCGGUGAACGGCGUUGGGAAUUUGACGGAAACUGUUAACGGAAAGAGUCAUAUUCGGGUGGAUUUUGGGACGGCGGUGAAGUAUAAGAUCUUGUUGUGGUAUACGAAACGGGAUCAGUUGUGGGGAGGGGCAAAUGUGGAAAUUGGAGAUUCCGGUGAGAAAGUGUAUAAGAAAGCUGUUAGACUUGGGAACUCGCCGGUGUUAGUUGAGUCCGGCGCGUUGAAACUGUACGGAGGCUAUCGUGCGCUUCUGAUAUUUUGCGUUGGGUUCGCUGCUCUUGGGUUGACUUGACUUGGACGAAGUUUACUUAUCAUAGAUGGACUCUAGUAUUUGUACUUUUAUUAUAUUAUAUUAUAUUUUAUAUGUAUUAUGUUUUUCUUUUUUUUAAGACGUAAUAUAUAUUUUAGUUUUUUAACUUAA